AUGGAUUCGCAUAAUAUUCUCGACGAAUACGAGGAUGAAUACGACGACGUUUUCUACCAUGAGCUCAAGAGGCAGGUCUUGCUUUUGACAGCCGAGGAAGAGGAAGAAGAAGAAGAAGUGGUGUCCGGAGCCCGAAAACAAGGAUAUGGGCCCGGUAUUGUUUCCGGGCCAAGCUUUUAUUUUUACGAUUGGCCCGAGAUUAAGAAGGAUAAUUGCGUGGUGGGCUUGGAGAGAAGUGGAAAUGGGACAGGGGUUUUCAUACCCCAGGCUGUCCAGGCCCAGCCCACAAGGAAACACAGCUCAAGUGCAGGGAGAAGGAAGAGAAGAAUUACAAACAGGAGGAUGAAGCCCAAUUGA